AUGACAUUCCUGGAAAAGGUUCAUGAUAUCGUUUGGAAGGUGGAGAGUGUAGAUGAAUACGUGUCCGGCGUAUUCGACCUCUUCACCAACACAUUCACGGACGACACGCGCGUCUAUAGUAUCCGUAAUGAAAAAUGGAUUGAACGUGCGGCAGACGAGUACUUUAGUACAAUCAGAGCCAACAUUGUAGACACUAUUGGUAGUCCGGCUGUUCUACUGACGACUCGCAACAAGAGCACAGAUGACCUGCGUGUGAAGCCCCCUGCACUACGGUUUGUGGACAAGCCCCAGUUGGCGGACACACCCGAGGGCUUAGAGAACACUGCGACGUUCCUGAUAAACUAUAGGAGUAUUGACCAAACGGAGUUGAGACCACGGUCGUUUGCAGCAAAGGUAUCUCAAAAAUUCACCGAAGCAUUUGCGAAUGACGUUUACAUCUAUAGUAUUCGUGACAAAGAAACAUUCAAAAAUGGGACACUUGGCUACUAUAACGCAUUAAAAAAAUAUCGUUAUGGAUACGCGCGGACGACCGGAAGAGUUACUGGCGACUCGCAACAAAAGCGCGGAUUUUAA